GGCAGGGCGGGGGAGGCGCCCGGAAGAGCCGAUUCGCUCCGCGGGACGGGAGCGGCGUCGGGAGCGAGAGAGAGACAAAGCGGCCGGGGCGAGGCGGGCGGCCGGCGGCGCGGUGAUCCUGCAGCCUCCCGAAAUGACUGCUGUAACUGCAGGCAACGUGAACUUCAAAUGGGACCCCAAAAGCUUGGAGAUCAGAACGCUGGCGGUUGAAAGGCUGCUCGAGCCUCUUGUUACACAGGUAACAACGCUGGUGAACACUAGCAACAAGGGCCCCUCUAACAAAAAACGAGGGCGUUCCAAAAAGGCUCAUGUUUUGGCUGCUUCAGUUGAACAAGCAACAGAGAAUUUCCUGGAGAAAGGAGACAAAAUAGCAAAGGAGAGCCAGUUCUUGAAGGAGGAGCUGGUGGCGGCCGUGGAGGAUGUCCGCAAGCAAGGUGACCUGAUGAAGAGCGCCUCGGGGGAGUUUGCCGACGACCCCUGCUCCUCGGUGAAGCGCGGCACCAUGGUGCGCGCCGCCCGCGCCCUGCUCUCGGCCGUCACACGCCUGCUGAUCCUGGCCGACAUGGCAGACGUCUACAAGCUGCUCGUCCAGCUCAAAGUGGUGGAAGAAGGUAUCCUGAAACUGAGGAAUGCUGGCACAGAGCAGGAUUUGGGGAUCCAGUACAAAGCCCUCAAACCAGAAGUGGACAAGCUUAACAUCAUGGCAGCCAAAAGACAACAGGAAUUGAAAGAUGUGGGUCACCGUGAUCAGAUGGCAGCAGCCAGAGGAAUCCUGCAGAAGAAUGUCCCCAUUCUCUACACAGCAUCCCAGGCCUGUCUGCAGCACCCUGAUGUAGCUGCUUACAAAGCCAACAGGGACCUGAUCUACAAACAGCUCCAGCAGGCAGUCACAGGCAUCUCCAACGCGGCGCAAGCCACCGCAUCCGAUGAUGCUGCCCAGCAGCAGGGUGGAGGUGGAGAGCUGGCUUAUGCUCUGAACAACUUUGAUAAGCAAAUCAUCGUGGACCCCUCCACCUUCAGCGAGGAGCGCUUUCGGCCUUCCCUGGAGGAGCGGCUGGAGAGCAUCAUCAGCGGGGCGGCGCUGAUGGCCGACUCGUCCUGCACGCGCGACGACCGGCGGGAGCGCAUCGUGGCCGAGUGCAACGCCGUGCGGCAGGCCCUGCAGGACCUGCUCUCCGAGUACAUGGGCAACGCUGGGCGCAAAGAAAGAAGCGAUGCCCUGAACUCUGCCAUCGAUAAGAUGACCAAAAAGACCAGAGACUUGCGCAGACAGCUCCGCAAAGCUGUAAUGGACCAUGUGUCAGACUCCUUUCUGGAAACAAAUGUUCCACUUUUGGUAUUGAUUGAAGCUGCCAAGAACGGGAAUGAGAAAGAAGUGAAGGAAUAUGCCCAGGUUUUCCGCGAGCAUGCCAACAAACUGAUCGAGGUGGCCAACUUAGCCUGCUCCAUCUCCAACAACGAGGAAGGAGUGAAAUUGGUUCGCAUGUCAGCCAGCCAGCUCGAAGCCCUGUGCCCACAGGUCAUCAACGCUGCCCUGGCUCUGGCUGCUAAGCCCCAAAGCAAGCUGGCCCAAGAGAACAUGGAUCUCUUCAAGGAGCAGUGGGAGAAGCAAGUGCGAGUGCUGACGGAUGCUGUGGAUGACAUCACCUCCAUUGAUGACUUCCUGGCCGUGUCAGAGAAUCACAUCCUAGAAGACGUGAACAAAUGUGUCAUCGCUCUGCAAGAGAAGGACGUGGACGGCCUGGACCGCACCGCCGGCGCCAUUCGGGGGCGUGCUGCCAGAGUCAUCCAUGUGGUCACCUCUGAAAUGGACAACUACGAGCCUGGGGUCUACACAGAGAAGGUCCUGGAAGCCACCAAGCUGCUCUCCGACACAGUUAUGCCGAGGUUUACUGAGCAGGUAGAAGCUGCUGUGGAAGCCCUGAGCUCAGACCCUGCUCAGCCGAUGGACGAGAACGAAUUCAUCGACGCUUCGCGCCUGGUGUACGACGGCAUUCGGGACAUCAGGAAAGCCGUGCUGAUGAUCCGGACUCCUGAAGAGUUGGAUGAUUCUGACUUUGAGACCGAGGACUUCGACGUCCGCAGCAGAACGAGCAUCCAGACCGAGGACGAUCAGCUCAUCGCUGGACAAAGUGCCAGGGCUAUCAUGGCUCAGCUCCCUCAAGAGCAAAAAGCUAAGAUUGCUGAGCAAGUGGCCAGCUUCCAGGAAGAGAAGAGCAAACUGGAUGCUGAAGUAUCCAAGUGGGAUGACAGCGGGAACGACAUCAUCGUCCUGGCGAAGCAGAUGUGUAUGAUUAUGAUGGAAAUGACAGACUUCACCAGAGGUAAAGGUCCACUGAAGAAUACAUCAGAUGUGAUUAGUGCAGCCAAGAAGAUUGCAGAGGCUGGGUCAAGGAUGGACAAGCUGGGACGGACUAUUGCUGACCAUUGCCCGGACUCGGCGUGCAAGCAGGACCUGCUGGCCUACCUGCAGCGCAUCGCCCUCUACUGCCACCAGCUCAACAUCUGCAGCAAGGUCAAGGCCGAAGUGCAGAACCUGGGAGGGGAGCUGGUCGUGUCUGGGGUGGACAGUGCCAUGUCUCUGAUCCAAGCGGCCAAGAACCUGAUGAACGCGGUGGUGCAAACCGUGAAGGCUUCCUACGUGGCCUCCACCAAGUACCAGAAGUCCCAGGGCAUGGCCUCCCUCAACCUCCCUGCCGUCUCCUGGAAGAUGAAGGCACCAGAGAAGAAACCCCUGGUGAAGAGGGAGAAACAGGAUGAGACCCAAACCAAAAUCAAGAGAGCAUCCCAGAAGAAACACGUCAACCCCGUGCAGGCUCUCAGCGAGUUCAAGGCGAUGGAGAGCAUCUAAAAGGGGGGAGGGGAGGGGGGCUGUGACCUGCUUCUUUUUGUCCCUCCCCCACCACUGCUACUCCCUGAACUCUACUUUGAAUAGUCCAUGGAUUUUUUUUUCCCCAGCUCCAAAUGUAUUUACUUAAUAUAAUUUUGAUACCCUUGUUUAGAUCCCCCCCCACUCCCACCCCCCCCGGGGCAAGCUCCAUCCUUUCUAAGUCCUGUUGCUCACUGUAGCCUUCAGCCUGCAGCAGUGUGAGUUAAUUUAGGUGCUUUUAGAUUUCGAGGGUGCAGCUUUAGCUGAAGCUGGGAGUUGCUUUGGUUUGGGUUUUGGUUGAGGUUUUUUUUUGGGGGGGGGUUAUAAUCUUGCUUUAAAUCAACUAUUCUAAUAACCAAAGAAGGUUUGACAGCAAACACUAACAGGUUAACGCUAACAGGUGACUCUCUGCUGCUCACAGACAGCAGAUGUUGGUUGUGAGCCAGAGGGGAGUAGAUGAUCUUUAACAGGAAAGGAUACGAAAUGGUUAAGUCUUGUCUGCACCGUGGGGUGCGGAGGGAACGAGCUCUGGAGGCUCGGCAAAACACCUCGGGUGCUAGCACAGCUGGAAAACACCUGGACAAACCCUGGGCUGGCAAACACCUCGGGUGCUAGCACAGCUGGAAAACACCUGGACAAACCCUGGGCUGGGCUUGGGGAUGUCCUGAGCGCUGAGUCGCUUCCGUGCCGCUGCUUCUCCUCAGCUGCCUUGGGGCUGGGCUGGUUGUGACUCUGGGGAGGUGGAGGAUGGGUUUGUGCUCAGCUUGGGGGAGAGCAGCCCGGAACAAACCCAGCUCUCGGCAGGCAAGCCCGGAGGCGGCCGAUCGCUUUCCGUGUGACGCCGGAGGGGAGGGCGGGGGGGGUUAAUGCCUGGUUCCAAAUGACUAAUGUAUUUUUGCUGCGGGACACUAAUAAAAGUUGCUUUUACCA